AGAGAAAUAAUAAUAAGCGAUGCCUCCCAUCUCGCGCUACUGUUGUUCAUGUUAAAGCCUGAAACGAGGCGCCUCGAACUCUCUUCGGAGCUCUCCAUCCAAGUGGGCGGGCGAGCAAGCAGGCGGUAUCCGGCCUUCGAUUGCUCCCUCGACAGGAAGGAUCGUUGGGCGAUGCCGCUGUUCCGUCGCAAAUGCUUCUUUAACCACUGAGAUCCCGGAAUCCGGCGCGGGUUCCCGGCGGCGGGGAGCUGAGCUACCUAGGGUUCCGGAUGAGACACCUGGGGAGGAUGAACUCGCGCUAGGCUCUCCGACGGAGCUCUGCGUUCGAGUUUCUUGGGAACCGAGCUCGUUCUUGCGGUUCGAGGCGGAGAUCGGAGGAGGAUCGGGGUUGGCAUCGACGUCUAUUGCAGAAAAAGGGCGCCUUUUUUGGUGCUGCGAUGCUGUUAGUGCUGGUCCGGCUUGAAAAGGGAGUUACCGAGAGAAGGUAGCAACUUCAGUCCUGGGCUUGACGGUGGUGUGGUUCCAGUUGCUGCAAGCGCUCUAUUAAGUACAGGAGAUGAGGCUCUCGUCAGGAGGUCUGGGCAAUCAGCAGAACGAAGAAGCAGAAGAACAGGUAUGUCUGAAUUCGGAAUUAUGGCAUGCUUGUGCUGGACCACUAGUUUCAUUACCUUCUGUUGGAAGUCGGGUGGUAUAUUUCCCACAGGGCCACAGCGAACAGGUUGCUGCAUCAACCAACAAGGAAUUUGAUUCACUCCCCAGCUACCCAAGCUUACCUCCUCAGUUGGUUUGUCAGCUGCAUAAUGUUACUAUGCAUGCAGAUGUAGAAACAGAUGAAGUUUAUGGCCAGAUGACGUUGCAACCAUUAAGCCCUCAAGAGCAAAAGGAUCCUUAUCUAAUAACUGAAAUGGGUACACCGUGUAAACAACCUACCAAUUAUUUCUGUAAGACAUUAACUGCGAGCGACACCAGUACACAUGGUGGAUUCUCUGUUCCCCGCCGAGCAGCAGAAAAAGUGUUCCCUCCAUUGGAUUUUUCACAGCAGCCUCCUGCACAAGAAUUGAUUGCAAAAGAUCUCCAUGGUAACGAGUGGAAGUUCCGCCACAUCUUCCGAGGUCAGCCGAAGAGGCAUCUUCUUACAACAGGAUGGAGUGUGUUCGUGAGUGCAAAAAGACUCGUUGCAGGGGAUUCUGUACUUUUUAUAUGGAAUGAUAACAAUCAGUUACUUCUGGGAAUUCGGCGUGCUAAUAGACCACAAACAGUUAUGCCUUCAUCUGUACUGUCUAGUGAUAGCAUGCACAUAGGGCUUCUUGCUGCAGCUGCUCAUGCUGCUGCUACAAACAGCCGGUUUACUAUAUUUUACAACCCAAGGGCAAGCCCUUCUGAAUUUGUUAUCCCACUAGCUAAAUAUGUUAAGGCUGUUCAUCACACACGUGUUUCUGUGGGUAUGCGUUUCCGGAUGCUUUUUGAAACAGAAGAGUCAAGCGUUCGACGAUACAUGGGCACAAUUACAGGGAUCAGUGAUCUUGACCCUGUCCGUUGGCCAAAUUCACACUGGCGCUCUGUGAAGGUUGGCUGGGAUGAGUCAACAGCUGGACAAAGGCAGCCCAGGGUAUCACUCUGGGAAAUUGAGCCUUUGACAACCUUUCCAAUGUAUCCAUCUCCUUUUCCUUUCAGGCUUAAGCGUCCAUGGCCUACUGGAUUGCCCUCACUCUACGGUGGAAAGGAUGAUAUCAGUCUGAAUUCACCUCUAUUGUGGCUUCAAAAUGGUGGAAAUACAGGACUUCAGUCACUGAAUUUUCAGGGUAUAGGUGUUACACCUUGGACGCAGCCAAAUUUUGAUACUCCGAUACUUGGUCUGCAGCCUGGCAUGUACCAGGCAAUGGCUGCAGCAGGACUUCAGGAAACGAGGACCACGGAGACUACAAAACUAAUAUCACCUUCAGUGCUGCCUUUCCAGCAAACUCAGAACAUAACCACCAGAACAUCUCCUAUGCUUCCAAGUCAGGUCCUAGAGCAUGGUCAAUCUCAACCUCCUCAAACCUUUCUUCAGGAUAUUCAAAUAAACCAGGUGCAAAGCCAGUCUCAAGCUGAAUUUCUUCAGCAUCAGUUGCGGCAGGAAUACUCAUUUGGUGAGCAGCAGCACCAGCAAGAAAUUUCGCAGCAGCAACUGCCGCAGCAGAAGCAAACACUGCAUCAUCAACAAAUACAACAGCAGAAGUUUUUGUCUACUCAACAAGUUUGCACUGGAAUGUCAGCCUUGCCUGAACUUAUCUCUGAAUCACAAUCUCCUUCAACUGCAUUGCAAAAUAUUUUGUCGUUUUCCCAGUCACAGAACUUUUCCAACUCCAAUGGUAACUUUGUCCGAACAUCGAAUGCCUCCUCGCUGCAUGAUAUUUUGCAUCAAUUGUCUCCAGAGGAUGCAUCAAAUCUACAUAGUUGGUCAAGAGGCAACCAAGUAUUUACCUCAAGUCCCUGGCCCUCAAAGCGGGUGGCAAUUGAGUCAAUGCUCCCUUCUGGUGAUCAAUGUGUGCUGCCACGAGUGGAACAAUCAGGCGUAUCACAACCUAACAUUGCUCAGCGUUCUGUUACAUUACCACCAUUUCCUGGAAGAGAGUGCAUGGUGGAUCAAGAUGGUAACGUGGAUGGCCAGAAUCAUCUCUUGUUUGGUGUUAACAUUGACUCCUCACCACUUUUAGUGCAGAAUGGUAUGGCAAACCUAAGCAAUAUCAGAAAUGAGACUGAUUCAAUGAACAUUCGCUAUGCUGCUAGCAAUUUUGUGGCUUCCUCGGGAAAUGAUUUUGCAUUGAAUCAAACAUUGACUGGUUCCAAUAGUUUAGAGGAAGCUGGAUUUCUGCAUUCCCCUGAAAAUGUGGAUUCAUUAAACCCAAAAAGUAGAACCUCUGUUAAGGUUUAUAAAUCAGGGUCUUUGGGAAGGUCACUGGACAUUGCCAAGUUUAGCAGCUACCAUGAGCUGCGUAGUGAGCUUGGUCAUUUGUUUGGCCUAGAAGGUCAGUUAGAAGACCCUUUGAGAUCAGGCUGGCAGCUUGUAUUUGUCGACAGGGAGAAUGACAUUCUUCUGGUCGGCGACGAUCCCUGGCAGGAGUUUGUGAACAGUGUGUGGUGCAUCAAAAUACUUUCGCCACAGGAAGUGCAGCAAAUGGGCAAGCAGAGUGUUGAAUUCCUUAACUCAACUUGCAUCAAACGGCUCCCAAAUAAUAGUUGUGACGACUACAUCAACCGGCAGGAUUCGAGAACUGUGAGCACCGGGAUCGCAUCUGUCGGGACACUGGAGUACUGAAAAAUGAAAUCAGAAUCUUCACAGGCUCGCAAUCAUCCCAUCCAUCCCAUCUUUUGCUGCAUUUUCUUGUCUGAGGUGCUCAUGAAGCGCCAAGUAAGCUAGCUUAAUUUCUGCAUCUCUAAUAAUUGUAUCAUAUACUAUUUUCUCAUAAUGAGAGUAUACAAUUCCAGUACUCUGAACUUGUAUGUGAGCGUAGGCUGUGGCAUACAUAUAUUCCUGACCUAGUUGCUUUAUCCAA